UGCCACAUACGGUCUGACUAACAUGGCCGCCGCAAGUCCAUGAAAAAGAAAAACUCUUCGCCGUGUUUUUUGCCAUCAAAUCCCCACAAAAUCUCGAAAAGCGUGCACGCAAACGUUGCCAAAUCUUGUGUGUAUGUUUUUGAAAUGGUAAAGUGUGUUGUCGCGUAAAUACGGGUAAUAAACACGAAAACGCCUGGGCAAUAAACGUGCGCGAUUGUUGCCAGGCCGAAAUCCCCGAAUCCCGAGUCCCGUAUCCGCAAACCGCGAUGGCGUCGCGCAGGCGCGCCGAACUGAAUCCCAAACUGCAUAUGGACAGGCAGCCGACGGCUGCCCGCAUAACAGAUCCUUCAUUACCCGCUGGCAAGCGACGCGAGAUUGACAACGUCAUGAAGAAGGCUCGCGCCAACACCACCAACGACUACUGGGACAAGAAGCUGAUCGAGGCCGAGGAGAAGGACCCGAAUCGCUGGCGUCACACCGGCUACAAGAAGAUGUACAUCCAGGGCGAGAGCAGCUCCGGCGAGAGCGACCGAGACCGCGACCGUGACCGUGAUCGUGAACGCGAAGGUCGGGACCUACGUGAAGGUCGCGAGGGCCGGGAUGCCCGCGAAGGAGGAGCGCCUCCCUAUGGCCGUUAUCCGCCAGCUGGAGCCGGAGGACCUCCGCCCGGGCCGCCGCCACCGCGCUAUGGCCGCUCCCGCUCGCCGCACUCCCGGAGCCGUUCCCGUCUGCGCAAGUCUCCGCCGCUGUCACCGCCACCGCGUCGCCGAUCGCCGCCAAUGCCUAUGCACGGCUUGGAGCGCCGCGGCGGACCGCGUUCGCCGCCGAUGCCGCGUUCGCCCAACAGUCACGACGCCAUGAUGCGUCGGCCGGGCAAUGGCCACGGAAGGCCACGGUCGCCGCCGGAACCGAGCUCCUCCACGUCGCUACGAAGGAAGCCGAACGCGUCGCGUUCUCCGCUGGGCCGUCGUCGCUCGCCGCCGCUGCCACCGCCGUCGUCUGGCAUGGAAAAGCGGGGCGGUGUCACCCAUAUUCUGCCGCGUUCAAAACGUCCGCCAUCGCCGCCGCCAAGGCACACAAUGCGUUCGCGUUCAAACAGUUCGAUGAGCAGCAGCUCGGAUGACUCCUGUUCCCUCUGCUCGCCCAGCCAUCGGCAUAGAUCUCGAUCUCGUGGUCCUCGUUCGCCGCCACCCAAGCCACGUGGCCAUUAUCGUGCGGGGGCGCCGCCGCCCCCUCCGUCGGAUUCACAUGGGCGCAUCCAUGGUCGACCAAGUACCCCACCGCCCGUGCGCGGAGGUGGUGGCAGUUCGGUAUCCGCAAUGGAAAAGUAUCGCCAGGCGAAAAUGCGUCACAUCAGUCAUGAACGCGGGUCCUCGUCGGAUGCCCACAUGAAGAUCCCGCGAUCGUCUCGUCAUUCUCCGCCGCCGGAAGAUCCGCGUCUUAAGCACCGUCCUCCAGAGCCACCAGAGCCGGCAGCAGCGCCAGCCGGACCGCCCACCGCGCAGGCCAAAAAGAAAAAGAAGGAGAAGGAGAUGAGGCCACGAAUUAAAAUUGAAGGUGAGAAACGCAAAAAGCAUCCGACCGGGACGGCCAGUGGAGCCGGAGCUAACGCGGCGAACUCCUCCUCCGAUUCGGACGACUCGGGCGAUUCGAGCGAUGAGGUGGGCUCGCUGCCCACAUUCUCGGCCACAACGCGUUUGACGCUCUCAGAGCGAUUCGGAAAAAUGGCACAGUGGAGCAUUGAUCGCAGCAACAUGGAGAACAUGCGCAUCACCAAAGACUCCGCCGGUGGGGCCCUCAAAGUGAUGAUCGAAGAGGGUCUGGAGUCGCCGCCGCGUCGUUAUUCGUACUCGCCGGCGCCGGCCGGGCACUUUCCGGAGGAGUUGGCUACCACAGCACCGUCGGGAAUGCUGUCGUGGGAUGAUGUGCGCGUCCGUUACGAAUACUACAAGAGUCGUGGUUAUCUAAGGGAUCUGGAUCUGAAGGACUAUAUCAAGUGGGAAGAGUGGUGGUAUAAGUACCAGGAGUGGUUAAAACAAGAACGUUACUAUGAGUACUGGGAUCGCAGCCAGCAAUUGCGUAGACGGCGCAAGAAGCUGCCGGUCACUCAGCGGUUAAACUAACAGCCCCCUUGUCAUCCAUCCCCCGCAUCCAAAUCAUUUCAUUUUUUCUCCCUCUAGAAUCCUCACUCUAAAAAACCCCAUUUAUUUUUGAUCUUUUCUUUCUUUUGUGUUCUAUCUCACAAUUUUCCCCAUCCCAUGAAACCCCUUUUGUACAUUUUAAAUGUAUAAAACUGCAUUUGUCUGCUUAUGUAUUUAAUAACUAAUUACAACUAUCGGACAAGCGCCGACGGCGGGGUUGAUUUUUAGCCUGCUUGUGGCAUAGGGAUAACAUUAACAAUGAACUUUGUAAGUUUUGUGGAGUGCGCGUCGUUCAAUACAACGCAGACUCUUGAGACACUUGUAAACGCAUUAAAAAUAACAACUACUAUAA